UAUUCAUCCCGAAUGUUUCCAAGUUUGGAUCUUGCUCAAUGAGUUCAUGUUCAGAUUUGAUUGUGAUCCCGAACUAAAAAUUGUAAUGAGUAACCGGAUAACAACUAUUAAAUUUACUAACAGGACCUGCAAUUUGAUUUUACAUUAGCACAAUGAAAGUGUCAAGGUAAGGUUGGGCGUCCACCGUCUCCAAAACAAUAAUGUAUCCAAACCUCCAAAACCUCUGGGAAGAAGUCCGCGAACUAACCCUAGGCUCCACCCCAGAAAUUGACCGCCUCCACACCCCACCAACCCCACUCCACUUCCUCCGCCACUACCUCUCUCAAAACAAACCCUUCAUCCUCUCCGCCUCCACCCUCCCAUGGCCGGCCGCCACUCUCUGGUCCUCCACCUCCUACCUCCUCCGCACCCUCUCCUCCUCCACCGUCUCCCUCCACCGUACCCCCACCGGCCACGCCGACGCCCUCACCCCACACCCCUCAACCCCUAAUUCUUUUUGUUUCGCCUCCGCUGACGUCACUCGCACCUCAUUUGCUGAUGCUGUUGAUGCUGUUACGGGGUCCUGUAAGGAGAGCUGUGUGGCGUAUUUGCAGCAGCAGAAUGAUUGUUUUAGGGAGGAGUAUGGGGCGUUGAGUGGGGAUUGUGAUUCGGAUGUCCCGUGGGCGACCGAAGCCAUUGGUGGUGGGCCGGAGGCAGUUAAUUUGUGGAUUGGGAAUGAGUUGUCGGAGACUUGGUUUCAUAAGGAUCAUUAUGAGAAUUUGUAUGCUGUUGUCACUGGUGAGAAGCAUUUUGUGCUUCUUCCGCCUACUGAUGUGCAUAGGAUGUAUGUUAGAGAAUACCCUGCUGCUCACUACAAUUACAAUGAGGAAACUGGAGAAUUCAAAUUGCAACUUGAGAAUCCACCACGGCAUGUCCCUUGGUGCAGUGUGAAUCCUUACCCAUCACCUGAAAACCAGGACAAAGAAAUGUCUGAAUUUCCAUUAUACUUUAACGGACCAAAGCCGUUUGAGGUCACCGUUAAGGCUGGUGAAAUUCUUUACUUGCCGAGUAUGUGGUUUCACCAUGUUCGACAGACUCCAGACAGCAGAGGACUCACCAUUGCAGUGAAUUAUUGGUAUGAUAUGCAAUUUGAUAUCAAAUACGCCUAUUUUAACUUCUUGCAAUCACUUCCAGCACCCCAAGAACCAACUUCACAUAAUCUUUUAACAAACGAAAAUGCAUCUGAUGGAGAAGAUAAACAAAGAGAGGAACCGGUCUUUUCGUGUGUUUAAGAUUGAACUAGCUUAUGUGCUUUGCCGAAUUAAAAUUAAAGGUAUAUUUUUGUAACCAUUCAUGAGCUUACGUGUGUUUAUCAUUUAUCAUCUGGUGUGCCAUACCAUCACCCGGGAAGGCGGGAUGGUUAGAUCUCAGUUCGUUAGGUUUUAUUAUUUUCUGUUUUGACUAGACUUGGACAUUGUCAGUAUUGUACCCGUAUCUUUAUGAUACUUAUGUACUUUAGAUAUAAAUGAUAUACAACACAUUACAUGAUUUUCUCUCUC